UUAAAGACACGGGGAUUCAGGGUUGUGGGGUUGUAUGUGGUGGCAAGGAGUCUGUGCGGCUGGCAGCUGAGAGCUGCAGUCGCACUGUGUGAAUAAAGUUGGCUCUCAAAUCAAACCCCUGGACCUGUCAUGGGUCAUCCUUGCCACAGUGGAGCCGAAACCCGGGAAGUGGCAUGGCGGGUCCACACCCGAGCCAGGGAAGGGAGGAGCUGGCCCAGAUAGUGGCCGAAAUGGCGGCCACCCAGUGGGAGCAGGCGGCGGAGGUGCGCUGUCGACAGGAAGAGCUGCUGGCCCGGACUGAGCGCCACCUGGGGCGAAUCGCAGAACUGGCGACAGUGCUCCAGGCCUGGGCAACACCGCCGCCGCCACCCCCACCAGCGCGUCCAGACGGUGGGGAGGCGGUGGAGGAACCUCGACAGCCGGAGGUGGUGGAUGAGGCGCGAAGGGAUCCGCACCUGCUGGAGGAGGGGGAGCAGCCGGGUGAAGGGCUGCUCCAGCCGAGAGCGGUGGAGGAGCCGCUCCAGCCGGAGGUGGCGGACGAGGCGCGCAGAGGUCUGCGCCUGCCGGUGGAGGAGGAGCCGUGCCGCGAAGGGCUGCUCCCGCCGGGAGCGGUGGUGGAGCCGCUCCAGCCGGAGGUGGACGAGGCGCUAGAGGGUCCGUGCCCGCUGGAGGUGGAGGUUCCGCUGCGUGAGGGGCUGCUCCAGCUGGGAGCGGUGGAGGAGCUGCCCCAGCCGGAGAUGGCGGAGUUGCCAGUGCCAGGGGAGUAUGCGCAACCUGGGGCCGAGGGCGAGGAGCAAGUCAUUCCGGAGCGACGGAUGCCGCCCGUGAGCCGGGGCUCGCCAGGUGGCCGGCCUCCGGACCAGCAUCGCCGCCGCCACUGGAGGCGUGGCCGGCCUCCGGAAGGGACACGGCCCUGUCACCGGGUUGGAAGCCGGUUGGAGGGAGUAGGUUCGGCCGGAUGGCUCCCCGGCCUCAAUCGGGCGAUGGGGGUAUGUGGUGGGGCGUGGUCUGUGGUGCCUUGCGGACGCACCUGCAUGGCAUCCGCAAUCACGCCGAGUUAAAGACACGGGGAUUCAGGGUUGUGGGGUUGUAUGUGGUGGCAAGGAGUCAUGAGAGCCAACUUUAUUCACACAGUGAAUAAAGUCAAAUCAAACCCCUGGACCCGUCAUGCGUCAUCCUUGCCACAGACACCCUACAACCUUUGAAUACAAACUUAACCUAAAAGAGCACAUAUUUCAGAAUUUACCGUGACCAGUGCAACAAUGGCAAAGGACACCUUGUGGGACUCCCUCCUUAUGCCUGUUGUGACAAAAUGACAGCUGGCUACUUGAUACCUUGGCAUGAGAACGUGUUUGAAAAUCUAAACACAUUGUCCAAGUCCACAGAGGAUCUGCACUGGAGGAAAUACAUAUCUGCAUCUUUGAUGAGGAAUUUCCUUCACAUAACCUUUAUUUAUUUGAUCAAAAUUUCUUUGAUCAACGCUCUUCCAUUCUGUAUCUGCAAGUUCUGCAGGAUACUGAACCCCAAAUUACCCCUGAUGAAUCCUCAUGUGUGGGCACGAUGGCAUGUGAGUGUGUGCUUAAUAGGUAAAACACAUUCAAAGGUGUUGAAUUAAUAUAUGUGUGAAUGGCUGAAUCUAGUAUAUUGUGUAAAUGUUCUUUGACUGUAGAGGUAGAAGAUGAUUAUAUAUGUAAAAAUCAAUUUAAUGCCUUCAUUCUUCAGUA